AUGGGCCUGCUGGGGCGGUGCGAGUCCGAGUUCGGCACGUCGGACCUGUACGGCGUGCUGGGCGUGCGGCGGGAGGCCUCGGACGCCGAGCUGAGGCGCGGCUACCGCAAGCUGGCCCUGCGCCUGCACCCCGACCGCGCAGGCGCCGACCGCCAGACGGACGCCACCCGACGUUUCCAGCUCCUGGGCCAAGUGUACGCCGUCCUCAGCGACAAGGAGCAGCGAGCCGUGUACGACGAGCAGGGCACGGUGGAUGAAGAGUCGGGGGUGCUGAGCCAGGACCGCGACUGGGCUGCGUACUGGAGGCUGCUCUUUAAGAAGAUCACCGUAGAAGACAUUGAGGCCUUUGAAGAGAAAUACAAAGGAUCUGAGGAAGAGCUGACUGACAUUAAACAAGCCUACCUGGACUUCAAAGGGGAUAUGGAUCAAAUCAUGGAGUCCGUGUUGUGUGUUCAGUACACAGAUGAGCCCAGGAUAAGGAAGAUUAUACAACAGGCUGUUGACUCGGGAGAAGUCCCACCUUUUAAGGCGUUCACCAAGGAGACAAAGCAAAAGACUCAUGCAAGGAAAAGAAGGGCUCAGGCGGAGGCUAAAGAGGCGGAAAAAUGCAGAGCGGAGUUGGGGCUCGGCGGCGAGGUAGAUGACCUGAAAGCAUUGAUUCAGAGCAGACAGACCGAUCGGAAGAGAGAGAUGGAUGAUCUGCUGGCUCACAUGGAAGCAAAAUACUGCAGCUCUUCUAAAAAAGGAGGGAAGAAGACAACCUCCAAGACCGGAAAGAAAUAACGAAACCCAGUGGCUGCUUUGGUCGGGCCUGAAUGGCUAUAGCGGAAAUUAAAGGCCGUUGUAAACCCAGAUUUGGACAGCAUCUGCUUGAGACUUUCUGACCUGAUUUUUAUCCAGGCUGACUGAUUAUCCGGAUACUUGCUCCACUCUGCCAGGCUGACUUGAUUACCCAGAUACUUGCUCUUCUCUGCACUUCUGUGGGUCUGUGUGGACUGCUUGAGUCUUUUCAUUGAGUGAGGGGGUGACUUCAGUUCCGAGUAUUUUUGGCAGAGGGUUCAGAUGUGCUAAGAUGGCGUUAGGGAACGACAGUUCUUCAGAAACUACGUAACUGCCUCCUAAAGGAUGGCCUGGUUGCCUUUUUCGUUGUCAUUUAACAUACAACUCAGAUUGCAACGUUUCGGGGCGGGAGGCCAGCUACGGGCACUUAAUGUGGAAAGUAGACAUAGACAGCCAAAAGAUACCAACUCAGCUGCGUAACUCAGCUAAUGAAGAGUUUUUGUUUUUCUGAUGCUUCCUUGGCCUUUUUUAUUCCCUGUCAGUGGGUGCCCCCUGUUCUUGAGCGUGGUUUUUGGAGCCUGCCCUUUUAGAGAUAGGUGUUGACCUUCACAUUUUGUAAGAUACAUUUAUCUAAUACUGAUUAAAGUAAUUCAAUUUGCAUGA